UUGAAAUAUGUCUCUGUGAUCCCAUUUCUAUAAUGUACCGUAAUACUGUAUCCAUCCAUGCACGAUCCAACUGCUUACCCAGUUCCACCUUGUGGGACACAGUACUGUUUUAUAGUACCCAUUCACACUCUGUGGUUGUCAUAUUUGAAUGCUGGUUAUUUCCAAGAAGGGUAUGAAUUUUACUAGAGUCAAAUGAACAUUGUUACAAUGGUUAGUUUUCCUGUUAUGCCCCGAGAGAGAAGUGUGAUAGGAAAGGAGAGCAGGUGCUUCCUAGAGAGGUGUUGAGUGUUCGCACCUGGAGGGGGGCUAUUCUCAGACUGUCAAUAGGAACAAUGCCUAGUUUCACCUGCCCUGAUUUCCUUACCCGAGAUCUUUCUGAUGGGGAAUCGUACACUUCAGUCAGGUCUGACAGGGACAUGGUGGUGACUCCACAUGGUAACUGCAUGUUGGGUGGAUGUUAGCAGCUUGUUGUGUGCUCUAGACAGCAGCGCCAAUGCUAACAAGAAGUCAGAAUGAUUGUUCGAGAAGGCAGCAGCCCUGGCCCGUGGAGGCUGGGUGGGACCCAGCCUUUUGAAGUUUACAUAACCUGGAUUAACUCUGGUUUAUAGGGCUUCCACUGUAGUUGGGGAUUAGCUCAAGCUUUGGGGCGACCAAGGCUUUUAAACCCCCUUUACCAAAUGGCGCUCUCUGCCGUGCAUUUUAAACUUCAUUACAGUCGGUUCAUAAGCAUGCUUUUUAUGUAGGAGCUUCUCUAUAAUGCAUUUACUGAACUUCUCAAGAAAAAUGCAAAUUACAAAAAUACAGUAUCCCAGGAUACAACUGAAAAAAAGAUUACAGUAAAAUUGUAGGCAUUGAUAUCAAAGAUGAAAAAAUAAAGCCAAUACCAGUUCAAGAAAUACAUCCUGGGCAGGUUAAAGAAGAUUGUUGGGCAAAUCCAUUGUUUCUCUGAUGUUUUGAGUUUGGUUGGCAAGGUGUGAUAUUGAUGGGUGAUGAAUGAUGACGUAUGUUUUGGUGGGUGUGGUCAGGGAGUGGCAUCGAGGUAGAAUCGAAGAAAACAAAUGGUAAACAGGAGUAAACACGCUCACGCAAACAUAUACACACACACACACACACAAACAGGCAUGUUCCCUGUCAUGCUGCAGGCUGACACUGUUCUGUUUGAGGCAGUUGGAGGUACACCUGAUCCUCUUAAGUGAUUGUUGUGUGCAGCUUAAGAUGGGCUGGAACAGGGAAAUUUGUGAGUUUUAAUUAAUUUUUAAUUGGUACUGUAAUUUAAGCUAUGUGUGAAGUACAAAUAAACAAUGAUUCAGAAAGUAUUAACGUCAUAAAUCUCACACCCAUAUUGCAUGAGCAUCCAAGGUGCUGGGACCAGUUUGGUUUAGCUGAAGCAUUUGAGGUUCCUGCAGCUCUCUCUCCUGCGGCUUUGAGGGGCUUUGGCAUCUACAAGAAGGAAGUGGUGCGUUUUUUCACAUUGCAGUGAUGGCCGUUCAGGCUGGACUUCAGGGCCAGCCGUCAGCCAGCCCCGCUUUUCCUGUUUUGUGAAGGUUAUGGAUAGCAGCACGUUCCUGGGAACGAGCCAAGGCGGGGGCGUCUCCGCUUGCAUUCUGAUGCCAGCCUAGCAAAUGCAGGCACAUCAGCAACGCUGAGAGAAGUGUACAGAGAAGUGUUAUUUUUUUUUUACCAGGACACAGUAAAUCAUCGUGGGGGUCUUUCUGUCUGUCACUCCAUUCUGAUGCACCUCCUCCUUCCCUCUCCAGAUGUGCCUCGGGGAGCAGUUCACAGCCCAGCUGCAGAACCCUCAGUCCCCUCUGAACUCACGUUAUGGCCCCGGCCUUGCCGAUGUUUCUCAGUAUGACCAGUGGCUGCUCGUGAGACAUGAGGCCACACUGCUGCCCAUGCAGGAAGAUUUGGCACUCUGGCUCUCUGGCAUGCUCGGAGAGGAGGUGAGAACUGAGCGCUUCAUGGAGGACCUGGACAAUGGCGUCCGACUCUGCCGGCUAGUGUCAGUGCUGCAGGACAAGAUCCGUGAGAGCUGCCGCUCAGACAAGUGGCAGCACAUACCUAUGCAGAAGCUUGUGUGCAAGAAGGACGCCUCGCCUGGUUCCUUCUUUGCCCGAGACAACACCGCCAACUUCCUGCGCUGGUGCCGGGCCAUCGGGGUGGACGACACCUACCUCUUUGAGUCGGAAGGCUUGGUUCUGCACAAAGACCCUCGGCAGGUCUGCCUCUGCCUGCUGGAGAUCGGCAGGAUCGUGUCUACGUACGGCGUGGAGCCCCCGGUCCUGGUGAAGCUCGAGAAGGAGAUCGAGCUGGAGGAGUCUCUCCUUUUGGCGAGUGAUCCGGCUCCCGCGGUGAAAACCUUCACCGUGUGCUGCCGGCACGGAGGGCUGUACCGAGCGGUCCAGGACAUAUCAGAUGGCCCUCCCUGUGACUGCGCCAAUCGGGUCUCCAUCGAGUACCUGUCAGAGGGCCGCUACCGCCUGGGCGACAAGAUCCUGUUCAUCAGGAUGCUGCACGGGAAGCAUGUGAUGGUACGUGUGGGGGGUGGCUGGGACACGCUGCAGGGCUUCCUGCUCAAGUACGACCCGCUCCGAGUGCUGCAGUUCACCACAUUGGAGCAGAAGAUCCAAGCUUUCCAGAAGAAUCCGUCGGGCAUGCCCCUCGCUGUCCCUCCUGCCAGCAAGACCCCCCAGCUGCCCAGCAUGAACCCUAUAACAGCAGUCAGUCUCACUGAGUCGUCAGCAAAGCCUGGGACCCAUGUGACUGCAGCUUCCUCAACCCUGUCCAAGAGGGCAGCAACCCCACAACCUGCCACAACUCAAUCCUUGUCAAAAAGAACUGUAACCCCAUCCCCUGCCACGACUCAAACCCUCUCCAAAAGGGCCAUAACCCCACAACCUGCCACCACUCAAUCCUUGUUAAAAAGAACUGUAACCCCAUCCCCUGCUACGACUCAAACCCUCUCCAAAAGAGCCAUAACCCCACAACCUACCACCACUCAAUCCUUGUCAAAAAGAACUGUAACCCCAUCCCCUGCCACGACUCAAACCCUCUCCAAAAGGGCCAUAACCCCAUGCCCUGCCACGACUCAAACCCUCUCCAAAAGGGCUGUAACCCCAUGCCCUGCCACGACUCAAACCCUUUCAAAGAGGACCAUAACCCCAUCUUCUGCCAUCACCCAAACCCUGUCAAAGAGGACCAUAACCCCAUCUUCUGCCAUCACCCAAACCCUGUCAAAAAGGACUGUAACCCCAUCUUCUGCCAUCACCCAAACCCUGUCAAAAAGGACCGUAACCCCGUCCCCUGCCGCUACUAAAGCCUUGACAAAACGGACCGUAACCCCCUCCCCUUCCGCCACCCAAAGCCUCUCCAAAAGGGCAGCAACUCCAUCGUCCGCUAAUGGCCAAAUCCCAUCCAGGAAGGCGGCUCCACUUUGUCCUGCCAGCACCCCAGUCUUGCCUCGGAAGCUUUUUGCCCCUAAGAAGACUUUGCAGCUGGUCUUUCCAGCCCCUCCUCAACCACAAAAUGGAACCUCCAGUGACGCCAGCCAGCCCACCCAGUCUCCUUCCUGGGCACCUCCACCCAGUCCUGGAGGUUCAAGCUGCAGUGUCCCAUCCCAGCUGCAGAGCCCGGUCGGCUCUGAGCCCGCAUGUAAAUACCCCUGCCUGCCGACUGUGGCCCCGCCCCCUGCCGCUCGCAUGAGACGCCCGCCGUUCACACUGGUGGAGGAAGGCCAGCGGAAUAUGAGAGCUGCGAUCAGGCAGCGGGGAGAACCCCGCCAGUUAGUCCCCACAAAACUCUCUCAAAGGCCCACUACUUCUCAGCGUCGUGUGAACACCCAUUUGCUGAGAGGAAUAUGCCAGGUCCCUCCUCCACUGUCCACUCAGGGGGCUUGUCAAACCGGCCCCUCCACUCUGAAGGCACCAUCCCACCCAGCCCAUGCCCCAAGUCGUGCAGCUAAGGCUGUGCAGCACAGCACAAGGACACAGGCCUUUAAGAGCCAGACGGGACCCAAAUCAUCCGCACCAUCUAAAGGCUACAGCCACACUACCAAAACCCAGCCCUCUGUCAGAACCAUUUCGGAAAACGCUUUACUCGUCACGUCUGGGCUGGUCCCAGAUGUCACCCACAGCACAGUGUCUGCUGUAAAGAGGACAGCCACACCUGUCGAUAAGGCCGGGCCAAAGCAAGCCCAGGCUAAUCAAAACAGGCCUCAGGACCUGCACAUAAACCACGUUUCCUUGGUUACAGCCCUUCCCUCCACCAAAAAAGUGCUGCUUCCUUCCAACAGGGCUGGGUCGGUCUCCAGGAGAGGACCUGAGCCUAAGAACAAAAAAGAGGACCUUUACUUUGUAAUGAAUUGUAAAAAGACACAGGAAUUAUGCUGAGAUGGAUGAUGCUGCUGCCAGGUGCUGUGGGAUUGAACAAGCAUUUACUAAUUCAUCUGGCGCCCUCAAGUGGCGGGCAGCCAAUUUAAAUUUUUUUUUAAUGGUAUACAGGUCUUUGAAUUUUGUUUCUUUUCUUUUGGUUAGAAUGUUACUUUGUUUCACAGUGCAGUACCAUUUGUUUAAACAUACUGUUUUUUGACAUGGUCCUGAAGAGGUUCGUCAAACAAUGUCAAUAACUUGCUGCUUUGGUAUGCCGGACGGGAUGUCCUUUUCCUUUUUUUUCUUUUUAAUGAUCAAAUGAGAUUUCAUUUGUUUUAAGGUCAUCUUUACUAUGGUCCCAUGUCACCUUUAAACACAGAAGUUCAGCAGCUAAGCUUUGUUUUGUGUCAAUGUGUCUCUUCAUUUAUUUUCAAUGUGUUCCUGACCAGGGUUAGCAUUAUGCUACUCUUGCUGAAGUCUUCAAUCUGGUUCUUUGUAAGACACUUAUACCUUCUCGCCAAAGCUGGUUAACGUUAGAGAAUGGAUUUCUGCAUUAAGUACGAUUAAUGUUGCAAACUACUGAAAAAUAAGCAAAUAGAGAUUGAUCCAAAUAUGUAUAUUUGUUGGCUGUUUGUGUGUUGACACACAGGCAUUGAGUGUGUGCCCUAGUACUGAGGGUUUUUAUUCGGUCAUGCUUUUUGCUCAGUACAUCUGUGAGAAGCAGGAAUCACGCAGAUGUUAAUUUUUAUGUCUGCGCAACAUAUGGACUUCAUGACAUUUAAAGAGUGCUAUUUGAUCUUGCUCUCAGCAUGACAAAUGACAGUUUAUUUUAAGUUUUGACCUUUUUAAACCAUAUUCCAUGAACCUGAAGUGUAUAUUUUGUGCCUUAAUAUUGAACAAAAACUGUACGAUUAACUUUUAAUAUAAUUGUACCAGCCUUUUAUUUGCACCUGGAAUUUCAGCUCAAACAAUCAUGGUCCUUUUUUCAUGAAUAAAGGUGUAUUACCUUAAAUAAAGCAGAGUAUAAACAACUGUUAUGUUGAUUCUUUAAUAUUGUUGAGUAUAUGAAUUAAGGUUUUAUUUAUAUAGUAAAAUUUACUUGAUUUUUGAAAGGCUGUCCAGCCCUCUAUUUGUCUAAGGUUUCUGGUUAAACACUGUCCUCUCUGUCCAUUUGUCUCUGUGUUUUUGUCUUUAGAAAGCACUUUGAAAUUCCUGUCAUUCUUUUUAUAUGUGGAUAUUUUAAUACUCAUGAAUGCCUACAGUAUUCCUGAUCUUGGAAAAUAAAAUUUCUAAAAUUGUGUGUCCAAUAAAGUUUUUACUGUUGUGUCUGAA